GCGCAGCUGGAGGGCGAAGGGGGUGAAGCAGCAGGAGAGGGAGAAGAAACAACAGAAAGUCUUUCUGUUGCUGAGGGAGAAGAAGAAGAAUAUACAGGCAGCGAAUUGUCUGCAGAGUGGGAGAGUGAAAUAGAAAGAGAAGAACAAGAAGAAGAAGAAAAAGAAAGGGAAAUUAAAUAUGAAGGAUAA